AUUUACAAUGUCACUUCCAAAAUGGACAUUGACUAUUUUUUCAUUACUCGUCGCGUCAAAUUUCUAUGAAGUUUGGGGUCAAAAUAGAAUUAUUGGCGGUAAUGAAACUGAUAUAUCGAAAUUUCCAUUUCUGGUUGAAAUAACCUUAAUUGGAAUUAAUUUCCAUCCUUUAUGCGGUGCAGCAAUAAUCAGUAAAUCAUGGGCAGUAUCAGCGUCUCAUUGUUUUAUGGAUAUCGGCGAUAAACUAAAAAUUGACAUGUACCAAGUUGUGAGCGGCACCACUUACACCAAGGAAAUGAUUACAAAGGACAAGAAAGCACCGAAAAUUCACAACAUAACGAAAUAUCAUAUGCAUGAGAAAUUUGGUCGCGAUAAAAGUAAAGAAAAAAGUGAUGGUUAUGAUAUUGCCGUCUUUAAGGUUGAUCCACCAUUCGAAUACGAUGAGCUCACCCAACCAGCGAAAUUACCGAAAAAAAAUCAAGCACCAAAAGAUAAAUGGGCCCAAAUUGCUGGCUGGGGUUGCACAUCAAUUGGAGGAAGUACAAAUCCAACAUUACUCUCCGCUCGUAUAAAGAGGUCCAGUGAUAAGCAAUGCGAAGAAUUGUAUCCUGAUAUUGCACACAAAAAUAGUGUUUUAUGCUAUGGAACACCAAAGGACAAAAAUGGUACUAUCUCGAAUAUUUGCCAGGGUGAUUCCGGUGGUCCAUUAAUUGAAGGCAAGGAUUUGGUGAUUGGUGUUGUUAGUAUGUCUAAAAAGUCAAGCGCAAAAUAUCCUGGAUUAUUCAGUAGCACUUCAUUUUAUCGCGAUUGGAUUAAAGGAAAAACUGGUGUUUAAUUUUCACUCUACGAAAAAAAAAUAAUUAAACAUAGAUUGGAAUGUUCGUUAUUGUACAAACGCUCUCUGUUGAAAGUUAUCAGAACUUUAUUCGAAUGAAAAUUUAAAAUAUAAAUUUAAAAAAUUGAAUAAAAAGUAUUUUUUAGUAA